UUGAAGAAAAGUAUCUCAGCCUUAGCUUUAAUUAUCAGAUUUAGUAUUAUUUAAAACAAUUAAAAGAUUAAAAUUCAAUAGACUGACUCUUAGAAAUAUAGUAGAAGAAUGGAUAUUUAAGAAAAUUAGUCGCAAUAAGUUGAAAAACAAGAAAGCUUAUAGAAAUAAGAUGAAAAUGUAGACAAGUUGAAGCAGAUUAGGGCUUCAAUUAAGAGUAUGGAAGUGAAAUAGAUCAAAGAAUUGAGAAGACUUCUUAGAAUUGAAAACUUGCAAAAUGUUGAGGAGAUAACUACUUUAGAGUAUUUAAUGAUGAUUAUGAAUAACAAUGCAUUGAGAAGUGCUUUAGUAUAAUUGUAGAACUAGUAUAAGAUGAUGUAUAGGACUCUAGGAGAUGGAAACUGCUUCUAUAGAUCUAUAAUGUUAAAUAAAGUCUUCUGGCUUGUUGAGUAAAAGAGCUGCGAGCCACUUGAAUAAUUUAUAAUAUAAAUAAAUAACAUUCCUUAAUUGCAAACUAUAUUUUAAACAGUUCCAAUAAACGCUAAUAGCUUAAAAUCUAUUUAUCUAUUGUUCCUAUUCAAAAUUCUCGAAGAUAAAAAGAGCAACAAGUAAUUGAGAAUGCUUGAUAUUAUUAGGAUGUACAAUAGCUUGCCUGAAGUCGACUUCGCGAGUGUUAUUAUAUGCAGAUAGAUGAUCUUCAACACUUAUGAGUCUUUUAAAGUUCAUGACUCUUUUAAAGAUUUUCUAGAUGAUGAUAUGAAAGAAAAGAUAGAAUUCGUACUGUUAAGAUAUUUCUAUGAAGCUCAAUAUGUAAUUAUUCCCUUGGCUGCUCAGACGUUUUAAUGCGAGCUUAAUAUUUAGAAUUUUUAUUAGCCUGAUUAGUAUUCAAGCAAAGUAAAUAUCGAAAAGCUGAAUUACUCACCAAUCGAAGUAGAAAAUAAAGAUGCUUAAAUGCCCAGUUUCAACCUUAUUUAUAAUGGUGGACAUUAUGAGCUAGCUAUUUUGGAUUCUUAAGCUAAAACAGACUUUUACAAAAUAAAUAAACAAAUGAUAUCAUUCAACACUCAAUAUUCAGACUAGCAAUAUUAUUAUUUCAUAUAAAACUUUAUAUAAAGAUAUCAAACAGAAAUUAUAAGAAUGAAUAACAUAGAAGAAAGUGCUUUCUACAAUUAAUAAAAUGGCUCUAACGAAGAAGAAGAAUAUUAAACUCUAGAUUGGUAAAAAUUGCAAAGAAGUGAAGAAUACAGAAGAUAGAAUUAUGAAAAUUAAAAGUUGAAAGUAUUAAUUGAAAAUUUGUAAAAUGAAAACAAUUAGGUGAAACAAUAAGACGACAAGCUACAACAAAAGCAAUAGUCGAACUCUCAAAUAGAUUCUUAAUAAGAAAAAAACUCUAAAAACUAAUAAAAUGAAAUACCUAUUGAACUAGAUGAAAAAAAUUAAGUAAAUAAAACUAAUUAAUAUUAACCAAAAAUUUAACAAAAGUCAUAAUCUUCUUAAUUUGAUUAAAACAAUUAAAAUUUAUAGUUUCAAAAUCUUCCUUCAAAAAAUUCUAUGACCAAUUAAUAGAAUAACUCAGGAGAAAAUGACGUUAAUAAUAUGAAAUAUGACUAAUAAGAUCAGCGCGUAUUAGACUUUUAAAACAUGAAAAGAAUAUGUGUGUAGUGUAAUAAAAAACUUCCAUCCGAUUUUAAAUAUCCUUUUUUUGUUCUCCCUAUGGAUGAAGACAUACCAGAUAAUGUGGUCCUAAGAAUUUGCACUGACUGUUUUAUUGAUCUUGCUAGUAAAUAUCAAAAUGACUAAGAAUUCAUUGAGGUAAAUGGCAAACUAUAUCAAUUAAGUCCAAGAUUAAUUGGCGAAUUAAUUUCAUUCAUUUAAUAAUCAAGUAAAAAGAAUUAAAAAAACUGA